AGCGCUGGUCGCGGGGCACAGCGAGCUGCAGGCAGGAGGCGCGCGGGGAGAAACAGGCUGUCAUGCCCUAUUGAUUCUCCUUCGCCCCCUGACCCUCUUCCCCCUCCCCCGAAAGUAUGUUUGGCCUGGAUCAGUUUGAGCCUCCGAUCAAUAACAGAAACGCUGGCCAAGGCGAGAGGAACUUUGGCGAACCCGGCCUGAGCAUGAACGGCCACUUCAAAGCCCCGGCUUUUCACGCGGGGGGGCCGGCAGACCCGACUAUCAGCGCUCUGGGCGAGCCCCCUCUCCUGGGUAUGAACAUGGGCAUGACCGGGGAGCCCUACGGCUUCCACGGGCGAGGCCACUCCGAGCUGCAUACUGGGGGCCUGCAGCCGCAGCCGGUGCACGGGUUCUUCGGCAGCCAGCAGCCUCACCACGGCCACCCCGGCGGCCACCACCCUCACCAGCACCACCCCCACUUCGGCGGCAACUUCUCAGGCCCGGAUCCCGGUGCCUCUUGCUUGCACGGAGGCCGGCUCUUGGGCUACAGCGGCGGUGGGGGUGGCUUAGGAAACCAGCCCGGCUUCGCUGAGGGCUACGAGCACAUGGCGGAGACCCAGGGGGGUGAAGGUUUCGGGCAGCAGAGGCCCGGCAACAUACCCGAGUUCCAGCACCACAGCUCGGGACCCUCGGGCCAUGCGGUACCUGCCCCGUGCCUACCCCUGGAUCAGUCCCCCAACCGGGCGGCCUCCUUCCACGGCCUCCCGGCCUCCAGUAGCUCGGAUUCUCACAGCCUGGAGGCGCGCAGGAUGGCCAACCAAGCGGGCGUCGAGUCCCUGGAAUACAAUUAUCCUGGCGAUGGGCCCUCUGGCCACUUUGAUCUGCCAGUGUUUUCUCCCUCGGAGUCCGAGGGCCAGCUGCCUCACUAUGGGACUAGCAGACAGGUGCCCGGGGGCGCCUUCCCGGGAGCCUCGGCCCUGCCCAGGGCCCCAGGCAUGGUGGCCAUGUCUAAAAUUCAUCCGCAGCAGCAGCCGCAGCAGCAGCAGCACGGUGGGGGAGUGUUCUUCGAGAGGUUUGGAGGGGCCCGGAAAAUGUCAGUGGGCAUGGAAGCCGGGGUUAACGCAGCCAGGCACCCCUUAAUGCAACAGGCCCCGCAGCCGCCCCAGCCCCAGCCCCCUCCCCCCCAGCCGCAGCCCCAGCCGCCACCACCACCGCAGCAGCAGCAGCCGAGUUUGCUGGCCAGACAAAACUCUUGCCCCCCGGCUAUCCCCCGGCAACCCCAGGCUGAGGCCAACCCGGCCAGCGGCAGCUUGCAGGACGGUGGGCCCAUCCUUCAGAACCAGCACGCCCAAUUCGAAUACCCCAUCCACAGACUGGAGAACAGGAGCAUGCACCCCUAUUCUGAUCCAGUGUUUACCAUGCAGCACCCGCCGCCUCCCCCUGCUCCUCAGCAGCAGCAGCAGCAGCCGCCGCCGCAGGCGCCAAACCAGAGACUGCAGCACUUCGAUGCCCCCUACCUGAAUGUGGCCAAGAGGGCGAGGUUCGACUUCCCCAGCACCCCGACCGUGGACCGCUGUGCUUCGUGGAAUGGCAGCCUGCAUAGCGGAGCGCUGGACAACCACCUGUCCCCCUCGGCCUACCCGGGCCUGCCGGGCGACUUCACACCCCCAGUGCCCGACACCUUCCCCCCGGGCCCAGCUCUGCAGCAUCCGGGCCCGGACCCCCAGGCCUUGCAGCAGCAGCAACAGCAGCAGCAGCAACAGCAGCGCCAGAACGCGGCCCUCAUGAUGAAGCAGAUGGCGUCCCGCACCCAGCAGCAGCAGCAGCAGCAGCGGUUGCGCCAGCCCGGCCUGCCGCCACUCAGCCACCCCGGGGACGUAGGACCAGGCAGUGCCCUGGUGCACGGGGGGCCGGUGGCCAGCCUGGCCCAGGCGAACUUUGAUCGGGAGGGCGGCGGCGGCAGCGGGGGCGGCGGCGGGGGCUCCAGCGGCGGCGGGGGCGGGGGUGCUGGGCGCAUGGGAAACUUCGACCCGCAGAACCCUCACUUGGCACAAGAGAGCGCCUGGUUCCCUGGGCCCCACCCGCCUCCUCCGCCACCGGGAGACCUCCUGCCUCGCAGGCUGGGUGGCUCCAACCUGCCCCCCGACGGUAGCCCCCACGAACUGGGCCUGGCGCAGGGCGGCUCUGGGAUGCUCUUCCGGGGACCAGGGGUGGCUGGGCUAGGAUUGCAAGAGUCUCUGAGGAUGCCCGGUGAAGGCCACGUGCCUGCCCUCCACUCGCCCGGCUUGCACUCCCAGUUCGGGGGUAGCCUCGGUGGCCUUGGCCAGCUGCAGUCUCCCGGGGCCGGGGUGGGCCUGCCCAGCACCCCUUCGGACCGCAGAGCACCACCGCCCGACUUCGCGGCGCCUCCCCUGGGCGGCCAGCCGGGCUUCCCGUUCGGUGGGACCAGCCGGCAGGCCACCCCACUGAGUAACCCCGGCGUGAGCGCCUCCCCGGGCGGCGGGGGCGGGGGUGGCGGAGGCGGGGGCACCUACCCUCCGCAGCCCGACUUCCAGCCUAGCCAGCGGGCCUCGGCCAGCAAACUGGGAGCCCUGAGCCUGGGGUCCUUCAACAAGCCCAACUCCAAGGAUAACCUUUUCGGCCAGAGCUGCCUGGCCGCCCUCUCCACCGCCUGCCAAAACAUGAUCGCCAGCCUCGGGGCGCCCAACCUCAACGUGACCUUCAACAAGAAGAACCAGCCCGAGAGCAAGAGGAAACUGAGCCAGACCGACUCGGACGCGGCGGUGGGAAGCGGCGGUGGGGGCAGCGGCGGCAGUGGCGGCUCGGGGAAUUCGGGACCGGAUUACUUCCCCAGCGGAACUGCGCCGGGGGGUCCGGGGCCCGGCGGCCCGGGAGGGACCAGCAGCGGAGGAGGGAAAGCCCCGGGCCCCCCUAACCCGCCCGCCCCAGGCGACGGCACAAGCCUUUCGCCCAACUACACCAUUGAGGCCACGUCGGGCAACGACGGUAAACCGGUGCCCGGAGGAGGCGGGCGGGGUCGGGGCCGCAGAAAAAGGGACAGUGGCCACGUGAGUCCCGGGACCUUCUUCGACAAGUUCUCUGCUGCUGCUGCUGCGGACAGCGGGGGUUCGGGCGUGAGCCCGGGGCAGCAGGCGGCGCCUGGCCCUCCGGGUGGAAGUUCAGGCGGGGAGCCCCGAGGGGCGCCCACACCCCACGACAAGGCCCUAACCUCCCCGUCGUGGGGCAAAGGGGCCGAGCUGCUCUUGGGCGACCAAGCCGACCUCAUGUCGUCCCUGGACAGCGGCAUCCAGAGUGGGGCCAAGUCGGCGGGCAGUUCCCCGCACGUCGGGGACUUCGCUGACGAGGUGAGCACGGGCUAUGCCAACGAGGACGAGGUAUCGUCCAGCUCUGACAACGCGGCCUCGGCCCUGGCCAAGCCCAGCCGCAGCCCCCUGGUUACUGGCUCCCCGAAGAUCCCACGGGGCCCGGCCGGGGAGCACGGACAGAAAGCGGCCCCGGGCCUAGGUGGCCUCCUCACUACCUCUACCUCGACCCCAGACAGCUACGGCCUGAGUAGCAGCAGCGGGGCGGCCCACCCGGGCACGCCAAGCCUAGAGCAGGUCCGCACCCCGACGAGCAGCACGUCCCCGCAGGACGAGAUCCACCCGCUGGAGAUCCUCCAGGCGCAGAUUCAGCUGCAGCGGCAGCAGUUCAGCAUCUCGGAGGACCAGCCACUGGGCCCCAAAGGCGGGGGCAGCGGGGGCGGCGGCGGCGGCGGCAGCAAGAAGGCGGAAUGCGCUGGGGGCCAGAACGGAGACAGCGAGCUGGGCGCUUGCUGCCCCGAGGCGGUCAAGAGCACCAUGAGCACCAUAGACCUGGAUUCCCUGAUGGCUGAGCACAGCUCCACCUGGUACAUGCCCGGCGAGAAGGCUUUGCUGGACGGCCCCGAGGAUGACAAGACGCUGGCGCCGUGGGAGAAGUCCAAGCCCCAGAACCCAGUCAGCAAAGAAGGUAGAGGCCACGAUCUCCCCCCGAACAAGACGUCGGCGGCGGCGCAGACCGGCAGCCACCUGCAGUGCCUCUCCGUCCACUGCACGGAUGACGUGAGCGAGGCGAAGGGCAGGACCUCGGUGCCCACGUGGAGAUCCCUGCACUCGGACAUCUCCAACAGAUUCGGGACUUUCGUGGCUGCCCUCACUUGAAACGCAAAAGAAAGAUUUGUCCCUUCUGGUCAUCUCCCACCUCCUCCUUCCCCACCCCGGCCCCCGACCCCUUUGCUCCCGCCCCCUGCUUCACUUUUUAAUUUGAAAGGGCCGCUACUGCUGGGGGAACUAUUUUUUUCUAGGUUGGUACCUGCUUAGUGGCACAUGGACUGGAAAGGGUUAAUUUAAAGUAAACCUCAGAUUUUUUUUUAAUCGUCUGCCACAGUAUGUUACCAGUGUUAACCCUUCUGCAGUUAGCACACUUUGGCUUAAUUUUUUUUUCCUGCUAGAGAUUUCUUUCCCAUUAUUCUGUAAUCUUGGCAUACACCUUUAGAUGAAGGCUCCCCCAUUUCAUCUUUCUAUGUGUCUGAGUGGUGUAUGUCAUAAUAAGAAAAAAAAGACUCUGUUCUCUCUCUCUCUCUCUCUCUCUCCCUUUCUCUCUCCCUCUCUCUCUCCCCCUGUCCCUCCCCCUUUCUCUCCCAUCCCCCUCUCUGUGUCUUUCUCUCUUUCCUCUCUCCUUGUAUCCUUCCCUCCCUCUUUCUUCUCUCCCUUCCUCCAUCUCUCUCUGUCUCUCUCUCCUUUCGCUUUGUUCAGUGCUUACUAAAAUGGAAAUCCUGGAGUACAGUGGUACCGGAAUAAUGCCGGUGGAAACAAUUAUCACCACAUUCUUUACCAACACUGGACUUUCGUCUGCUGCCCUCCAUCAGACAGAAACCAAACAGUUAAUGCUCUAGCCAUGGAGUCCAGCCUCUGAUGGGUUUUUUCUUUUUGUCCAUUUCCUAAGAAAACAUAGAUAUUUUUGUUAAUAGGAAUACCCUUGGUCCUUGGCUCUCCUCUUCCUCUCAUGGUGGAGCUGGCCAUUCCUCUUUAUUGGCCCACCUCACCUAUCCACUACCUUUGGGAAGAGAACAGCCUACGUGAAUGGUGCCAUUGGGGGCUGUUUCCUCUCCUCUCCUAAUUCCUCUCCUAAUUCCUCUCCUCUCUCUUCUCUCCUUUUCUUUCCUUUUAUUUUCAGUCUUUCUUUUAUAAACUGUAUUCUUAGGAAGCCAAGCUUGCAGGUGAGCCCUGCUCUUUGACUAUGAUUUUGGGGAAAAGAGACUGAUCUCCCAAUGCCCAGUACCACAGGGAGCUAAUCUACCAUCUUCCUCCUCCUCAUCCACAGACCAGAGCUGGAGGAGCUGGGGUCAUGGGCUCCCCUCCACCUAGGAACCACCAUCCCAGGCCCUCUUGGCCAGUCUCUGCUCCUCUCCUUUUUACUGUUUUUAGAUGGGAAGGAUUGCUUGACCUAAGGGGAGGAGACCUUUGUUUCUUUAAGGACAAUGGGGAAAAGGGAACAACAGAUGUCAGGGACGCAGCUAGUUCUCCUCUACUUCUCCCUUGUGUUCCUCAAAAAAGGGCCUUGUUGUUUCUUCUUUCUUCUUGAAAAUCGGUUUGCAAAGUGCCAUUCCAUUAAAGCAUGAACAUCCCAGCCUUCUCUGGUCCACAGGCUGUUGGUUGCUUGACUCAGGGCCUUACCAUUCUCUUUCUUUUUGCCUUCUGAAGAGCAGCCCUUGGGGAGCCCUGGCACCCCAAGACAAGGAAGGAGGAGGAUAGAGGAGUCCUGCUUUGGCUCCCAUUGGUCCCUACUCCCUGCAGUCUGCAGUCACAGCUCAGAGACAGCAGGCAUCCCAGAGAGGGAAGGCCUAACUUGGAGCUGUGGGGCUUCCCCAAUUCUCUCUAGACCUUGGAGAGGCAGGGGGCAGGAACAGCAAGAGGAAUUAUGGGAGAGAUGCGGUAGAGGGAAAGUCAGUCUUCCUGGCUUCCCGCCACCCAUAGCAUCAUCAGGCUGUGGUGCCCACAGUCUGCCCAGGUACAGAUGGGGCUGGGGGACUCCUUCAUCUGCAGAGUUCUAGAUUAUAACCGGGAGGCCAUGAUACCAUGACUCCCCACAAUGUAGGCAGAAGAGAGGAGAACAGAGCUAGGUAAAGGGUAUGUUAAAGAUACUCUCCCUCCCCAACUUAGGACCUGGGUCAGGUCCGUGAGGACCUUACAGGAUCCCUGCCUCCCAGUACAAAUGGUUUGGAAACUGAGGGCAUUUCCCUGCUGUUGCCAGGACUUCACUAAAAAACCCUUAUUAUUUUAAUUUCUGAAUGAUGUUUUCUCUUGUAGUCAUCAAGGGUUUGACUUCUGUGAGGAAUCUCAAAAUUCAGUGAAAUCCUAAUUCUCUUCCCUCCUUUCUGCCACCUCCUUCGGUUUUGGGUCAAAAGAGCUUUUCAGGCUUUGGCCCUCUGUCCUCAGAAAUAAUUGUAACUUGAAUUUUUGUGACUGACAGCUCUGGACACCCUGGGCACCAGCCCAGUUUCUACUGCCGAAGGGGUAGUUGAAUGGGGGUGGGGGAGGCUUCUUGUAAAGGCAUCAUAGGAUUUUGGAACUGGGAGGAGCCCUAGAGGGUUAAUCUAGACCAGGUCCCCUUGGGCAACAGUCUGGAGAAAGGGACCUGUUCUCAGAAUCCUGCCUUGAAAUGCAUAAAAUUAAAUGCAUAGGAUUACAAAGGAAAUCUAUUAUAUUGAAAUAAAGAUGUCAUUUUUUUCCCAUCCAAGUUUACCGACCCCCUGAAAUCUUUCCAUGGACCUCGGUUUAAGAACCCUUGAUUUAGUCCAGCCCUCCCCAUCUGGGGCCCAGAGAGGAGGAAUGGCUUGGCUGGACUUCCCCACACUGGCCACCACCCUGAUGGUCCCUACUGUCACACCCUUCUGCUCCCACCAUGAAACCAACCCACAAACAAAGAAUACUGUUUUCAUCAAGUUCUGAACACUUUCCACCCUGUUGGGUGUGGGCAGGUAAAGUGGGGCAAUGGUCUUUUUGUUCUUUGGGUAGUUGGGGCCCCUUCUCCCCAAAGCCACCUCUUGUAAAGACUGACAAUGUCUUAAAGAAAUGCUAGGUCGGGACAGUGAGUCGAGUGGCUUGGAUCCUUCUUCGAUGUUGGGAUUUAGAGAACCAUGAGUUGAGAUGGAGAGAGAACAAGUUGAUUUUAACUCCUGGGACUCCUCCCCACUCCUUUUUGUGUUUCUCCCCUCCUCCCCUCUGAAAAUGUUUGGUUGUGGGAUGGCUCGGUGCCCUUGGCAGAGGCCCAGCGUUAGGGGUGAUUGAUACAAGUGAGCUGAUCAGUGUAGCCCAGACAAGCCCAGGGUUCACUUUGCUUCUUAUCAGAGUGUGUGUUAGUGGAUGGCAAUGGUCCUGAUGACCAGGUUGGGUUCUGUCACCUGGGGCCUGGCAGGCAAGGGCCCAACAGAUGUUGGGAAGAAGGCACUGAUGCCAGUAAUGAAGCCUUAUGGUGCCCUAGGCUACUGGUGGGCUAGUGGGGUGCCAGAUACCAUGCUGGGGUCAAAUAAGAAGUGACAGAUCAUCUCUUAGCCUGAACCCCCACCCCCCAGAAAAAUAUCAAUCCUGAUUUAGAAUGAGUGAGCCGAAAUGGUUAAAUGCUCCAUUGCCCAGGUCACAAGAUUUAAAGAGUUUACUGCAAAUCUCUUCCCUCUUAGAGCCUGGUUUCUUUUUUGGGGGGGUGGGGGUAGGGGCAGGAUUGGUGGGGGGUGGGGAAGGACUUAUUUACACUUGAGAUAUUGUUCAUUUCAAAGAACUUUUGCAGAUGGGAAGGGGAGGAGCAUCACCCCCUCUCAUCCCCAUCUCCCUCCCCUCCCCCCAUUCAUCUCCUUUUUUGGUUUCUGUCUGAUUUGGGAAGGAUUCUCACCAUCCUAGGGGCCCAAGAUCCCUAGACAGCCUCCCCUAGAGACUGGGUGUUCAGGAUUCCCUCCGAGAAGAGAUGUGUGGCCCACGAUAGACCUGCCAAGCUUGCCAGCUCUGUUUCUCUCCCAAUAUUUAAGGAAAGGGGUAAAAAAAAUCCCCAUCAGUUAACUCCAGGUAUGGGAAUUGUUUUUUUUUUCCUUCCAUGUCUCAGUCUCCCCUUUAUUUAAAUUCUCAAUGGAGAUUUGGAAAACUAGUGGCUAGUGAUGAUCUGGCUUCUUUUUCUACCAGAAUCCUUUCUUCUCCAUGGCUCAAGGAAGGUAUGCAGCAACCCAGGUUUUGUCUUGGACUUUUUCCAUGAGGUUGCCAGUUUGAGCAGCCCUGUUCCUCCUAGCCCAUGGGUGUUUGGGCUUCUGGAGUUCCAAGGUCUGAACCUUCCUGCUCUCCAUAAUCCUGUCCUCCCCAACCCCCAAUCAGACAGCUUUACAAGUCUUAAGCUAAAGGGUGUUAUUUCUUUAAAUUUGGUUAAUAGGGAAAAGAAAAAAACUCAACCACAGCAAAACAAAACAGAAGCCUGCAGACACUGGUACUCUGUACUGAAUAGCAACUCUUCCGAUAAUCUAAUUGCACAUGUAAAAUAUAAGAGCAGAACUCUGAUAUGUGUUAGGCAAUCCUGCUCUCUCUCUCUCUCUCUCUCUCUUUCUCUCUCUUUUUUUGACUCUUGUUAAAUUCAUUUCCGAAAUGCUUGGUUGGAAGACUGUAAUGAGAGCUCAUGAAAUUGAGUUUAUUUUUCUUUCCUUUUUUUUUAAAAUGUAAAGUGCAGUCUUCUGUAUUCAUGCAUAUUGUAUAUAACUGUAUAUGUUUUACUGAACAACAAAGUAACAAUAAAUAUGAUGUUAAUGGUGGCGAUUGUA